CUGAAGCGUUUUCCUUUGCGGACGUGUGUGAAAGAUAUCCGUAAAUGGGGAGUUGGAGAGAAAUUUGAUGUUGUGUCAUACAGAGUACCCCUCACUUAAAAUUGUAUUCGACUUUCUAUUUUUAUGUGAAGUUGGAAUAUAUAUUUCACCGGGUGUAAUCAAUCAUUCUCACCGAGAGAGGGACAGGCAGGAUCAACAGCAGCUGUGCUUGAAGCCCAGCCUGCAAAACGCUAGCUAGCAAGCGCGAGGCUAGUGUGGAAUUACAGAACAGUACUUCACGGGCUUAAUGAUGCCUCGCGACAACAUGACCUCCCUCGUUCAGAAAAUUGGUAGACAGGCCCUUGUAACUUUUAGAAACCCAUCUUUGGUAGGUGAUAAAGCGUUUCUGGAUAAUCAAGGUAAACUCCAAACCCUCAUGACCGAAAUCAGAGCUGCGGAUCUGAAGAUUGCUCCAAGGAAAGUUGACUGCGCGUCUACACCUCUGCCACACAACCCCCCGGUCACAUACAUGCACAUAUGCGAGACAGACCAAUUCAGCAUGGGGGUGUUUCUGCUGAAGAGCGGUGCUUCCAUCCCCUUGCACGACCACCCGGGAAUGUACGGCAUGUUAAAAGUUAUGUAUGGCAAGGUCAGGAUCACCUGUUUUGACAGGUUGGACAAAUCAACUAACGUGGCCAGUGACACGCAAUUCAAGCCUCCCCUGCUACCUUUCCAGAGAGAUACGCUGAGGAGGUCAAUACUCCGGUCGGUCGGUGAGUUUACAGAAGAGAGUGGCCCGUGUAUUUUGACACCUGACCGAGACAACCUUCAUCAAAUCGACGCAGUCGAUGGACCCACUGCUUUCCUCGAUAUUCUGGCACCACCAUAUGAUCCAGAUGACGGUAGAGACUGUCAUUAUUACAAAGUUCUGGAGUCUGCCUCGGACUCGGAGGACAAAAAGGCUGAGGCUCAGGGGCAAAAGGAAGUUUGGCUCAUGGAAGUACCGCAACCUUCUGAUUUUUGGUGUGGUGGUGAACCUUACCCCGGCCCUGAAGUCAAUAUCUGAAGUGCACUAUGAACGCUGAAUUGAUGUGAACCAUUGAUUCUCAGGGCUGUGUCACAACAUGGUGUAAAUGUAUGAUGGUCAUAAUUCCUACAAUGAUGGAUUAUUAUGGAAUGGAUAUAUCACUGUCACUGUGGUGUGUAAUGGGAAAACAUGUUGUCUGAACUAAAAGCACUUAUACUAAAGUUGGA